AUGGUGAGUAUGCAAAAGGUCUACGUGACCUACGUGGCAGCAGACUGCGGUUCUAUUAUCCCAGGGAAGUCCGGAGCAGCCGCGGCUUUCAAAGCAGUCAAGAUUCAUCAAAAACUGCUCCAAGCAGGUAUAGAAGUUGUCGACAAUGGGCCUUCGGGCUACCAUGAUACGUCUCCACAGCUAGACGUGCUCGAAGAAACCAUGACUUACCAACCAAGUCCUUUCGUACCGCACGACAUCCGCAACAGAGCUGAUAAUCUGGAGUUCCUUCGCAAAGUACGACGGAGAAUGACCAAGAACUUCGACCAAGAGCCCAAUGCCUUCCAGUUAGUUCUUGGGGGCGAGUGUUGCAUGCUGCCAGUGAUCCUCUCUUGCGUUAAAAGACAAUACAAAUCAUACGACAUGGAUGUGGGCUUCGUAUAUGUCGAUGCGGAUACUGAUAUGCAUUCACCAGUGGAUGCCGAUUGGAACGGCUACUUUGCGAGCAUGACUAUGACGCAGCUCAUGGGACGUCCUGGGUCACUUGUUGAUUCAAACGCUGACCCUGUGCUCACUCACGACAAGCUCUGUGAUGCUGACAACACCGUUUUCUUCGGGACAAAUCUCUCCCACCCGGGGAACAAGAAUGAGCACCUAGCCUAUCUUCACGACGAGCAUUUCAAAGUUUUGUCGUCACAGUCGGUUGCACUCGAUCCGCAAGCACGUGCGCGUGAUGCUUUGGAGCACCUGGAGCGUAAACACAAAGCUAUUUGGGUUCGUCUGGACGUUGAUUCCAUCGAUCCAGGCGAAUUUCCUCUGGCAAAUGUCCCCAACUUCACAGGAGUGACGUUUACGAACAUGAUGUUAGCCUUGGAUGUACUCCUGGCUAGCGAGAAUGUUAUUGGGUUAACAGUUGCAGAGGUCAAUCCAGAUCAUGAUCCUGGCUUGGUAAUGACGAAGAGAUUGACCGAAACAAUUCUGGCUAUGCUUGCGAGAAAAAGAUUCUCAUAG